UUUUUAUUUCGGGUGUCCGCUUUGAAGUCCAAUGCCGCCGCAACGGGAACGCGGAUAAAUAACGGUAGUGCGACGCUAGAGAGGAGAAGAUCUGGCAUGCAGCUGGCUGGCUGGCCGGCUGGCUGCUCACACGCCUCCUCCUCUAACUCCAAUUCCAGCUGCAGCUCCAGCUCCAAUUCCAAUACCGAUUCCAGCUUCAAUUCCAAUUACACACAUACCUUUACGUAUCACGACCAGGGCUACAUCUUCUAUUACAAUUCCUAUCGCAUAUCCUGAUCUCCUGCAACUUCAACAUGGACGACGAGAUAUGCAAUCCGCAAUUAUGUCGCAUUUGCAUCACAUCGCACACAAACUCUAUGCAAAUGAUAUCCAUAUUCGGCGAGGAUUCGCUUUGGCAAAAGAUCACCACAUUGGCGGAUGUUAAGAUCGCCAAGAACGACACAUUGCCGCAACAGGUGUGUGUGAACUGUGCCAAGACGGCCAUUUCGGCGUGCCUGUUCAAGAAGAAGUGCGAGGAUGCGGACAACUUUUAUCGCCAGCAGCUGCUGAUCAAGAAGAUCGAGGGCCACACCGCCGAGCUAAAGGCCGAGACGGUGCUCGACCAGCCGGAGCCGGCACCAGCUGCCGAAUGCCUAACAGCUGCCGGGCUGCCGGCGAAGAGCGGCAGCAACAGCAGCGCCAGCGGCAGUGCAAGCGCCAGCAGCAGCGGCGGCGGCGGCAGCAGUAGCAGCAGCAGCAGCAGCUCCGACGACGACGACGACGACGACGACGAGGAGGAGGAGGUGGAGGAGGAGGAGGAGGACAAUGCGAAUGGCGCGGGCAAUCCGGAUGCCGAUGGCCAUGAGAGCGAUGCGGUCGAGGCACGGCCACAGAAUGGACAGGCCAAGAGCAAUGGCCAUCAGCAGGUCGUAGAGCAGCGCCGGGAGGAGCAGGAGCCGAAGCGGGAGGACGACGAACUGCAGCAAGCUGACGCUGACGAGCAGCAGCAACAAUUGCAGCAGCAACAAUUGCAGCAGCAACAGUUGCAGCAGCAACAGUUGCAGCAGGAACAGUUGCAGCAGGAACAGUUGCAGCAGGAGGAUGGCGAAAUGCCGGAGCAUAUGCCCUUCAACUCGAUCCGCCUGAUGCAGGAGUAUAUGCAGCAGCGCAUGAACAAGUUUCCCAAUGGCAACGGGCAUGUGAUGGUUGCCGGCGGCGAUGUUCAUGACGACGAUGAUGAUGACGACGAGGACGAGGAUAUGUCGUUGCCAUUGAUACCAGAAAUUGAGCUGAUAACACCCUCGGAUCCGGAUCCGGAUCCGCCCAUGAUGCCCAACAGCGAUACGGAUGCGCCUGGCCUGGCCAAUGGAGCUGCCGCCGGCGCUGUCCAUGGAUCAGCCGGCGUCGGCGUCGGCGUUGGCGUUGGCAUUGGCGGCGCAUGCGUUGGUGGCUUCCAGUGUCCGCACUGUUACCUGAUCUUCGAGAUGAAGCAGAUACUCAAGGCGCACAUGCAGAGUGUGCAUGGCGCACCCGGACCCGUCUACGAGUGCACCAAUUGCCGCAAGACCUACUUCUACAAGCGUUUCCUCGAGAAGCACAUCCGACGUGGUCGUUGCGUCAAGAAGCGACGCAACCAGACCCGGCCCAUGCAGUGCUCCGAUUGCCAUGUCCUCUUCCCCACCGGCCAUCAUCUGGGAUGGCACAAGCGCACCGGCUGCCCAUCCAAGGCGGCCAAAAUGCCCUUGCAGCAGCUCUUCAAGCAGAAUAUUGUGCAGUUCAACAACUUUCCGAAGCGUGUGGUGCCGCGCAAGCCGCCGCCGCCGCCGCCGGACAAUGCUGCACUGCAUCUGAACAAUCGCAAGCUGGGCCUGACGAACAAGCGCAAGGGACGCACUCGCAUCAAGCUGGACGCCAAGAAGAUCGCCCUGGCCAAGCAGCUGAUACUGCGCGAGGCGACCACCACGGUGAUUGCCAACGAGCUGAACAUCUCGCGCACGUUCGCCUGGCGUCUGCGCAAGAGUCUCGUGAACGGUGUCAGCCUGCACGAGCGUGUCGUGGAUCAGGCUCUCGAGGAGCAGCAGCACCAGCAGCAGCAGCAGCAGCAGCUCCAGCUGCAACAGCAACUGCAGCAGCAACAGCAGCAGUUGGAGCAGCAGCAGCAGCUGGAGCAGCAGCACCAGCAGCAGCUGGAGCAGCACGAACGCCAGCAGCUCACGUUGCCAUAUGGCCAUCUGGGCCUGGGCCUCAUCAAGGAGGAGCAAAUGGACAGCGACGACGAGCAGCACGCGGCGCUCACCAUUGUCGACGAGCUCGAGCCCGACGACGGACAUGGCCAUGGCCAUGGCCAUGGCGAGCGAGAUGGCCAUGGCGAGCGAGAUGGCGAUGGCGUUGUCGAGGGCGAGGGCGAGAACGAUGGCAUUGGCGAUAUUGGCGCCGAGGAGACGGCCGGCUAUGCCGGCGACGAUGAUGUCUGCGGCCUGCUGCACAACGGCUACGAUAUGCGCGCCCAGAUGGAGGAGCACAGCCCCCUGGCCGAGGGCGAGGACAUGGAGCACGAGCUGCACUCAAAGCGCGCCAUUUCCCUAUCGCCGACUCCCAUGUUGCCGGCACGCGCCGAUGUCGAAGCCUAUCAGCGACUCCUGGCGGAAACGCAUCGCUUUCCGCACAUUGUCAAUGCCCAGCAGCUGCAGCUCCAGCAACAGCAGCAACAACAGCAGCAGCAGCAGCAGAAGGUCGCCCACAAUGGAACGCUGCCCAUGUUGACGCGUUAUCCGCCCGCCGUUGCUGCGGCCAAUCAUGCUUUGCCUGUCAACUUGUCCCUGCGCUCGCUGCCGCCGAUGAACAGCAAUGAGAGCAAUGGCAGCUCUGGCAGCAAUGUUACCGCGUCCAACCCGCAUCAUCAUCAACAGCCGCAGCCACCGCCGCCGCCUCCGCAGCAGCAGCAGCAGCAGCAGCAGCCGCUGGCGCAGAUCCAUCAGUCUGGCAAAAAGCCGCGCAAGCCGAACGUCUUUAUUGAUGAUGAGAAAUAUGCCAUGGCCAAGCUGUUGGUGGCACAGAACGCGUCCACCAUGGAGAUAGCGCGCGCCCUGAACGUCUCCCAGAUGACGGCCUGGAAGGUGCGUGAUGCCAUAUUGAAGGGCGUGCCGCUCUCCUAUCGUAACAAGCGCGCCGAGGGGCGUGACGAGGCGGCCGCUCUAGCUGCCAAGGAGCAGCAGCAGCAACAACAGCAACAACAGCAACAACAACAGCAGCAACAGCAGCAGCAGCAGCAGCAGGAGCAGCAGCAGCGGCAUCAACAGGAGCUGCAGCGUCAGCAGCAGCUGCAAGAGUUGCAGCAGCAGCAAAUGGAGCUGCUCAAACAACAGCAGCAGCAGCAAAAACAACAGCAACAGCAGCGCCAGCAGGAAUUGCUGCUGCAACAGCAGCAGCAACAGCAGCAGCAGCAGCAACUGCGUCACACACCAGCGGACACAUCACAUUAUCAGCAGCAGCAGCAGCAGCAGCAGACGCCGCCUUUGAAUGGCGGCAAGAUGUUGCAUCCGCGUCGCCGCUUGAAGGCCGCCGAGCGCGAGAUGCGCGACAAGGAGAUCACACGGGAAAUACUCGAGCUGAUCAAGGAGGACAGCAACAUACAGUACUGGAAGGUGUCCGCCCGCCUGGCCGAGAAGGGCAUCAAUAUAUCGCCGUCGUCUGUCUGCCAGAAGCUCAAGUCGAUGGGCAUCCAUCGGCGCUGGAAGCCCGGCGACAAGCCGCCCAUGCUGGCCAUCAGUCAGUUCAAGGCGGCCACGGUUGCCGCCGCCGCCGCGGCGGCCACAUUGGCGGCGAAUGGCGCCGGCUUUGGUCUGCCGAAUGGCGUCAAUGUGGGCGUCGGCUCCAUGGUCGACGAUGUCUACGAGCAGCAGCAGUUCGACAUGGGCGGUCCACAUUUUCUCAGUGCCUUUACGCGCUAGACGCCGAUAACGAUGCCGAUAACUAUAAAUGUGACGUUGACGAUAACGAUAGCGAUAACAAUGACCAGGACCAGGACCAGGACAAGGACAAGGACGAAAACAAUGGCAGCAAUUAAAACUAAAAUUAAUGGACAACACGAUAAUAACUAUUUUGAUAGCUUUGAUAUCGGUAUUGGUAACAAUAAGUCUAACGAUAGCAAUAACGAUAACGAUAACGAUAACGAUGACGAUGAAGAUGACGAUGACGAUGACCUGGACGCUUAUGCCAACAGUGACAUUUUAAAUGUUAACUGAAACUUGAUGGGCAACACGAUAACAACAAAUAUGACAAUUUUGCUAUCGAUAAUGGCGAUAACGAUGACAUGAACAUGAUAAAUGAUAUCGAAAGCGAUUUAUUGACAAUUGCAACAAAAAUAACAAUAUCGUUAACGAUACCGAUCAGAAUAACCGAAGAGCGAUGUCCAUAGCGAUAACAAUAUCUGUUACGAUAGUGUUAUCGGCACCGAUAUAUCGUCAGAGAUUGACAACUAUGUUGGCAAUGACCAAUUUUAACUUUUGGUAUCACGUUUAUAAUAUUGCUUGCAAUAUCGAUAGGAAUAUCGAUAACGAUGACGUCACAAUGGACUAAAGCAACAACGAUAACAAAGACAAUGACUAAACGAUUACUUUAACUACGGUAACAGUAACAGCAGCUGUGACAGUAACAGUAACAGCAACAGUAACAGCAACAGUAACAGUAACAGCAAGAGUUAAAGCAACAGCCACAGUAACAGUCAGUCACAGUAACAACAGUAACAGCUA